CUAACGUUACCUGCGCUAUUGCAAUUCAUGCUAUCCGUGGAUGCUUUGUUAUCAUUAAAUGUGCUACACUUCAAAAGUAGAUAAUAAGCAGUCAUCAAAAUAUUAGUUUGUAUCCCCAUUGGCCUUAACGUGAGUAACAAUCUGCAGGGAAAUGCCCCGUUCUUGCCGUUGUGUCCCCCAAAAUGCUGUGAAACGGGUGCACAGCCAGGCUCGAAGAUGCGUGGGGAAAGAUAGGAUUUACCCUGCUGAAGAAGAUUCUUUUGGCACCAUUAAUUCUUAAGUCUGCGGUGCCGCUUAUGCACCUGCUUGAUUUUUACUACCCCGAGUAGUAAAAACCCCAAGUUAUUUUAAUGGUGCUACUUCUUUUAGUACCAGGAGGAAGGUGCACCUGGGCCCCAAAGUCCUGACCGGGAUUUCCGUAGAGAGAGCCUGAAUGCAAAGAUUCUGAAGAAUUGCGUUUACCUAACAGCAAAAGCUAUAUGGCUUGUAAAACAUGAAUGAAAACUAAUGCGUGCGUGAGGUCACUUGCUGAAGUUUCACCCGAGUCAGCUGAAUGGAGUUUGAAGUUCGUCUCAGCAUAUUUUAGAAGAAAAGAUGCAAAUGCCGCAUUGCUAAGUAACUUUGAGGUGUUCCAGUUACUUACUGAUCUUAAGCAGCAGCGCAAAGAGAGUGGAAAAAACAAGCAGAGCUCUGGCCAGCAGAACCUGAACACAAUCAUGUAUGAAACGCUGAAGUAUAUAUCAAAAACACCAUGUAGAUACCAGAGUCCUGAGACUGUAAGAGAUUUCCUCAUGACAAUGAAAGGCCAUAAACUAACCAAAGCAGAAAAGCUACAGUUGCUUAACCACAGGCCUGUAACAGCAGUUGAAAUACAGCUGAUGGUAGAAGAAAGUGAAGAAAGACUAACAGAAGAGCAGAUCGAAUCACUCCUCCAGACAGUCACCAGUAUUCUUCCAGGAGAUCCAGAGGAACAACAGAGAGAAUCCCCCAUGGCAACUGAAGACAAAGGUGACCAAGAAUAGAAAGCGUCUAGAGAAAGCCGGCCCCGUUUUCAGCAGAAGAGAAUCAGUUAAUUUUUUUCUAUUUUUAUUUGAUCUGGUUUAAUCUUAUAUUGGAUAUCACUGUAUACAAUAUGUUACGAUUGUUAUUGUUCAGAGGUGAUGAGAGAAACAACUGUUCACAAGAAAGUGUGAAAAAACGUUUUGUGAGGUAGGAGAAUGAUAGUAACUUGGUUUGUAAUGUAACAGCCUGAGAAAUUAUGGGGCACAGAACCUGAAGCUUUGGCAUUUUUCCCAUUACCCAUAUAACAGCUGUAGAUUUCAGUAGGCUUACGUACAGCUGGCAAUGUUUUAAUGAUCAUAGCAGUACUAUAAUUGUAAUUGCUUUCAUAUGCUUUUGAAUUGCCCAACUGUUUUGCAGAAUGCAGUUUGCAAUACAAAGGCAGCUUUUGGAGCUGUUUGUGCAAAGAGCUCUUUUCAGGGAUCAGAACAUAGGCUAAGGUACAAAAACUGCUUAAUAUCUGUUCAGACAAGUUCAGGAAGGCUGAUGGUCAUGGAAGUGAGAGAUCUAUGUAUCUGUAUGUAAGGUAACUGUCCUCAAGGAUGUCUGACAAUCUAUACUUGAUAAAAGAUAGAUCCAGAGCAUCAGCUAAAUCAACAUAUUGCCACUGAAAGCCUCUGAAUUAGGCCAGUUUACUCCUGCUGAGGAUGUGGGCUGUAAUGUUAAGGCUCUUAGUCAUACAAACAGAAGAACAUUUAAAAAUGAGGUGUAUAUUUUACCUUUGAAUUAUUCUGCUGUUCCAAUAUUUAGAUAUAGAUGAGGCUUGCAUUCCACUUGAGCAGUACUGUCUACUAUGGAAUAAAUAAAUGAGUCAACACUUAAGUGCAGUUCUCAUCUAGUUUAGAAAAAUGAGGAUCAGUCCUGGCUGAAGCAGAAUUUUCUGUGUGCAGAAGCUUUUUCCGAUUACAGAUUUCUGGGUCAAGUAUUUAAUGUUGAAAGCGUUUAUGAUUAUGAUAAAUCUUUAUAUAUAUAUAUAUGUGUGUGUGUGUGUGUGUAUGUAUACACUCUCAGCAUUACAGAUGACACUGGUUUUCUACUGUGACUGCAGACCAUUCUUGUACAACUGUUAUAAUGUAUUGGGAAUAGAAAUAAAGUUUGAAGUACA